UGCUUGGCAACGGAGUUCUUGUACCUAUUUCCGUCUUGCGCCGUAGAAUUUCCGGCAUGUGGGAAAGACGCGGGCUGCUUACUGUGAUUGCAAAGUCAUUCUACUCCAAUACAAAUACAUCCAGAUCUGAAACGGCAACCAUGAGCAGCCUGGAUGGAUGCCAGCGAUUUUAUUCUAGUUGCCGUGACAAACCGACCGUCACCGGUGAUUCAUCAGACGUCCAGGAGCUCGCCAAGGAGCCUCUCCAGGGUCUGAAAUUGGCAUCACACGCAGUGCUGGACACAGCCCAGCAAAGAGGCAGGUUGAAGUGUUCUAAAUGCGGAGGGUCGAGGAUGUUCUUCUGCUACACAUGCUGCUCAUUAGUGGGUGACAACAUGCAAGAAAUUCCCGUAAUCAAGCUUCCUGUGAAGAUAGACAUCAUCAAGCAUCCGAAUGAAACGGACGGGAAGAGCACGGCAGUCCACGCCAAGAUUCUUGCACCAAACGACGUCACGAUGCAUACCUACCCCUGCGUUCCUGAGUUUGAAAAAGACAAGGUAGUGUUGGUGUUCCCAGGCCCGGGGGCUGUUUCAGUUCAAGAAAUGAUCCAGUGUUUACGUGACGGGAGUAAAAACAGGUCCGGAGACCCCUUUGAGGAACCCUGUCUAAAGAGGAUGAAAAGUGAAGCUCACACUGCCACAAACUCUGCUAAGGACGCACAGACGGGGAACCCAGAUGAAGCUCAGAGCUCAGAGUCAAGGGUGUACCCGUUACAGAGGGUGGUCUUCAUCGACAGCACCUGGAACCAGAGCAACAAGAUCAGCACAGACGAAAGGCUUCAAGGUUUGCUCAAGGUAGAACUGAAGACGAGAAAAACUUGUUUCUGGCGGAGCCAGAAAGGCAAACCGGACACUUACCUUGCUACUAUUGAGGCUAUCUAUUAUUUCCUCAAAGACUUCCACCAGCACUGCCUGGGCAAGGAGUACUCUGGAGAAUAUGAUAAUCUGCUGUUUUUCUACUCCUACAUGCACUCACUGAUCAACAAAGCCAGAGCUUCUGCUGGAAAGUCCUGAUGAAAGGUGUGUGGAAAGAACAAAGUCAGCUGAGUGGGAGUCUUAUUAACAGUUAAUUUAAAAGCCUUUGUGUAUUAUUUGAUCUAAUUUUCCAUUGCUUGAACAUUUUAUUUUAUAUGGAAGGCUGACAUCACUUUGCGUAAGAAUAUGCAAUAAAACCCAGAUUUCAAAAUGUA